AUGCAUACGCGAAGUGUGCCCUCCGUAAAAUCCAUUACUCACCCUGAAGGAGCGAUUCCCGAUACGAUACACACCUUCGCCCAUUCUCCUCAGGUGCGUAACAGGUUGCUGCUUGGCCCUAUUUCUAACCACCUUCGACUACAUUCUAUUCCAGACGUUCCAAGCUACGUUCCGGAUAUACUCGAACAUCCGAUCGUACACUUCAGCCAGCGCUCCGAUUGGGACUGUGGGUUGGCGUGCAUUUUAAUGAUACUGGAUCGUAGACAGCGGCAAACGUUUCUGUCACAGUUCCAGCAAAUCUGUGACGAGGGCCAGUUCGGGAAAAGCACAUGGACAAUCGAUUUGUGUUACGUUCUGAAGGAUUUCAAUAUCCCGCACAAAUACCUUACGAAAACGAUCGGUGCGAACCCGAACCAUCGGGUAAACGAUUACUACAAAUCCUACACACUGGAUAUGCUAAGGGUAAAUAACAAAUUUCGUUAUGCCGAGCAGAACGGGGUGGAUGUGAAGCAGUGCACCGUCAACUAUCGGUUUCUGAUCGACCACCUGGGAACGUAUGGCAACAUCAUACUGCUCAUCAGUGCCUCACUGUUGUACUGCGACCUGUGUAAAUUCAACAAGCUGCCUUGCGAGAUACGCUCUUGCCUAAGCAUUACGCCCAGCUACAUGGGCCAUUACAUAGUGCUCUGUGGGUACAAUAAGCGGCUCCAAAAGUUCAUGUACCGCAAUCCAGCCUGCAAAGACAAGGUAUGCUACAUUCCGUAUCAAGCAUUAGACAAAGCGCGCAAAGCGAACGGUACCGAUGAGGACAUCAUCCUACUGUAUGACAAACCAACAUGA